AUGGGAAGGGCCGCGGUCGCGAAACAUAAGUCGACAAAGUUAGUGUUUGCAUGCGUUGGGCUUCUUGGAGCUGUCCUCAUCGCUGAUCUGCUUUGGGCGUCUUCUUCCUCUUAUACUUCUUCCUAUCUCCUUUUAUCUAAGAAUCUUCAGAAAUCUGGGGACAUAACUGUACCCCAUUUUCGAAAUAGCACCCAGACAAAGGAUAAAAAAGGUGUUCUGACUGAGAGAGUCUUGUCAGCAACAUUUGCAGACUUACCUGGCCCGAAAUUAAAAUGGGAGAAGAUGCCGACGGCACCAGUGCCACGUCUAGAUGGCGCAGCUAUACAGAUCAAGAAUCUUCUCUUUGUCUUUGCUGGAUACGGAACCAUCGACUAUGUACAUUCUCAUGUUGAUGUAUACAACUUUUCCGAUAAUACAUGGGGAGGAAGGUUUGAUAUGCCAAAAGAAAUGGCACAUUCUCAUCUGGGAAUGGUAACAGAUGGGAGGUAUAUUUAUGUGGUUACUGGACAAUAUGGUCCACAGUGUAGAGGGCCCACAUCACGUACAUUUGUGCUGGACAUUGAAACCAAGCAAUGGCGAGACAUGCCACCGUUACCAGUGCCUAGGUAUGCUCCGGCAACCCAACUUUGGAAAGGUAGACUACAUGUGAUGGGUGGCAGCAAAGAGAAUCGACACACACCAGGAUUAGAUCAUUGGAGUAUAGCAGUGAAGGAUGGCAAAGUUUUAGAGAAGGAGUGGCGUAGUGAGAUACCCAUUCCCCAAGGUGGACCUCACAGGGCCUGCAUUGUUGUGGAUGAUCGAUUGUAUCUUAUUGGUGGACAAGAGGGCGAUUUUAUGGCCAAACCUGGUUCACCAAUUUUCAAGUGCUCUCGCAGAAAUGAGGUUGUAUAUGAUGAUGUUUACAUGCUAGAUGAUGAGAUGAAGUGGAAAGUGUUGCCUCCGAUGCCAAAGCCUGAUUCACACAUAGAGUUUGCUUGGGUAAUUGUUAACAAUUCUAUCGUUAUAGUUGGAGGCACAACAGAGAAGCAUCCGGUAACCAAGAAGAUGACACUGGUUGGGGAAGUGUUUCAAUUUAAUUUAGACACACUGGUUGAAUAUGAUUGCCCUGGUAUUUUGCCUAACUGGUCAGUGGUUGGAAAACUUCCUUACCGUGUGAAGACGACUCUAGUGGGGCUUUGGGAUGGAUGGUUGUACUUCACGUCAGGGCAACGGGACAAAGGACCUGAUGAUCCAGCACCAAGGAAAGUCAUUGGUGAGAUGUGGCGAACUAAAUUGCACUUGUAA